GGCGCUCGAUGGCCACCCGGCGCGCCGCGCUGCCCCCACUCGGCUCCACCGUGACACCCAGUGGAGCCCCUGUGCGGAGUUGAAAGUCCUGCGACAAUAAGUCUCCGGUGGAUAAUCAGCCCCCCCACCCCGCUCCCCCACCCCGCCUCUCUGUCUUCCUCUUCCUCCCCACUGGCCGUGCGUCCCCCGCCGUGCGUAACGGGAGAGCGGCGCGUAACCGGACAUGAGAAAGCUUUCUCUCCAUUUUGAUUUGAGUUGGGAUUCGAAGUAAGGACCGCUAGUGGCGCGACGCUCCCUGUACUCGCUUUAUAAUCGGAUUGCGAGGUCUCCCCCCACCCCCUACGCCAGCUGCACGUCAGCGCUGACAUGACCAGCGAGACCCCACAGCAGCAGCUGGAUCCUCCGCCUCCUUUGCGAUCUAGUCCGGCGUCCGGCGUCCUGCAUCCCACCAUGCUGAGCCCACAAGCCGCCUCGGAAAGCUCGUCCGCUGUCGUCAAAGGGAAGAAGAGCAGCUCCGGUUUAAGGCGGCCGGAAAAACCUCCGUAUUCCUACAUCGCCCUCAUCGUCAUGGCGAUCCAAAGCUCCCCGACCAAACGACUGACACUCAGCGAAAUAUAUCAGUUCCUCCAGGCCCGCUUCCCGUUCUUCAGGGGCUCCUAUCAGGGAUGGAAAAAUUCAGUCCGGCACAAUCUUUCGCUCAACGAGUGCUUCAUUAAGCUGCCCAAGGGACUGGGCAGACCGGGCAAAGGCCACUACUGGACCAUCGAUCCUGGCAGUGAGUUUAUGUUCGAGGAGGGCUCGUUCCGUCGUCGACCCAGAGGCUUCAGAAGGAAGUGUCAAGCCCUGAAGCCCAUGUACAGGAUGAUGAACGGCAUCGGAUUCGGCGCGUCCAUUCUGCCGCAGAGUUUUGACUUCCAGGCUCCCUCCGCGGCGCUCGCCUGUCACGGCAACGGCUACAACUUGGAUCUGAUGAGCAAUUCGAUGGCCGGAGGCUACGACGGACUGGGCGGUGGCCAUCACGUACCCCACAUGUCUCCGAGCCCGGGAUCCACGUACAUGGCGAGUUGCCCGGUGCCGUCCAACGGGGAAUACGGGCCGGACAGCAGCAGCAGUCCAGUACCGUCCUCUCCGGUCACGGGGAGCGCCUUGGACGGCCACUCCCCGUACGCGAGUACGACCGCACACUGGGCCGCGUCGGGCGGGUCCCCCUACAUCAAACAGCAGCCUUUAACCUGCAGCAGCCCCGCGUCAUCGUCGCUGCACUCCGGCAUGUCACCUUACUCCCUGGAGCAGACCUACAGUCACCAAAACGGCAGGGAGAGCCACCAUAGCGACGUAUCAGUGGCGAUUCCACGUUAUCAGAGCCACUGCGACAGGAAAGAUUUUGUGUUCAACUUUAACGGCAUCUCGUCCUUCCACCCCACGGCUGCCGGCUCCUACUAUCACCAUCAUCACCACCAUCAUCAUCCUCAGAGCGUGUGUCAGGACAUCAAGCCGUGUGUCAUGUGAGCGCUUCUGUCAUUCUGGACCUCGAAAGACGGACCCGGUAAAACUGCACGUCCGCCAUGUAACAAAGGACUAUUUUCUUGGGGGAUCUUUUGGAGAAUUAUUGCUAAUGUAUCACGUGAUGGCUAUAUUCACAUGUUGCCUCUGAUGCAUGGAAGGGAAAAUGAAUGAAGAAACCUUCCUGGCCUUUAAAAAAUAACAUGAAAAAAAAACAAAACACUUCGUCUAAAUGAACAACGGCAAGCGCUUCUUUGUGAACAAAUUAUGUUCUAUGUAACUAUGUUUUAUCAUACACACAAUGCUGUAUUAUAAACGGCUACAAACAUUGCACUUAAUUGUAUUACCAUUAACCAAAGUUGUCUCGUGUAAGAAGUUUCAAUAAAGCUGUUACAUUGUAGGUCGCAUAUUUUCCUUAGACAGAUGUUGUAACUGUCCUCUAUACAGUUUGAAACACACUUUAUACUCAAGUCAUAUAAUUCAUGUGAAAUACUAUAUUUAUUGUAAUAUUCAACAGAUCUGCGAUGUUUCAUUGGUUUUCAGAUUUAACAUUUCUCAUUAAGAGGGCACCACUUUUUUUAUUAACUUGAAUCAACUAUAAAGCAUACUUACAAAACACAUCGAUUAAAGUGUUGCAGUGUGUUUGGAAAUAUGCAACCGCAUUUGUAUAUAUCUAUAUAUCUAUAUUGAUAUUUGUAUGCUCAAAUGUAUAUUGUACUGCAUAGACAGGAGUAAGACAAUUUGGCACCAAAAAAAGCUAAAUGGGACUCAUUCUCUUCAGUGACAUCCUUCAUGGGUGACUUUUGUCUGACAUUUAAUGUCAGUAUUCCAUUUUACCAACUGAAGGACUUAAUUAAGCACCCAAGGUGGUAUUUGAAAAUAGUCACCACCGUCUGAUGGUGGUGAACAAAUCUGGUUCAGAGGGAGCUGGCUUAUACACUGUUAAAAAAAAAACGGAUUUUGGAGAGUGGUAAAUAUAAUCAUCUAGAAUUUACAUUAUUAUUUUAGAUAGUAAAUUAGGGAAUUUUUUUUUUUUAACCUACACUACCUAUUUGACAACAGUAAAAAGUGUUGCCAAGAAAAAUUGAGUAAAAUCCACCUAAAAGCCAUUGGCGCUGCAAUAUGCAUCACGUGACGCGUGCAUGCCGCACUAAUUGGCUGACGUGCCAUCAGCUCAUCAGCACAAAAUGGCGUCGGCCGUCGGUGACAAUUGAUCACGCUGAUU